UCUUUUUAAAAAACGUCACUCCUCUUUGGUUGUCACCAGUAUCGCAAUCCAUACUAGUGAUGAUUUAUAUUGUUUAGAAAAUGAUCCCCCCCCGAUUGACCCCAACCCGAUUUUGCAACGUGUGGUGUUAGUUGAACUACUAUUAUAGUACUUCUAGAGUGUUGUAGUUUGAACGACUGCUGCUGCCUUUUUUCGGGGCAUACUAGAUGGAUCGCAAUGCAUUGCUUGUAGCUCAUUUUUUCUGGUGAACCCCAAGGCACAAUUCACUCUAAACCGAGGCAAUGUUAUCAGUGUGGCGUGAAAAAUGCAAGAGUAGAUUUACUGCCGGGUCGCUCUCCUCUUGAUUGGUCCUCUCCUGAGAAUCGUUGUCACUCGAGUUGUUUUCACGCUUAAUGUUGUGAUUUGGUUUAGUUUCUUGAAAAGAUGGGAAUGGGCUAUUCAAGGCUGCCGGAUUUCUCUCCUCUUGUUUGAUCUUCUUCUGGGACUCGUCUCUCGAAGUGUUUUCUCGUUUAAUAUUUCGAUUCGGUGUACUUUCUCGAAAACGUGGAGACCCAUUAAAACAUAUGGCUGAUUCCGUGGCGGAAUCAAAACUGAUGGUGCUUUGACCCAAUGAUUCGGGGUAGUUCAGCAAACCAGGCUGGAAUUGAUAUUGGGUAGUUACUGUGGCGACCGAGGUCGAAGCGAUUUUGACCCUCGUCUCAAUGUCGGUAAUGAGUGCAUAGUUCGGAUGCGAUUUGGUCGCCUUGGAUUUUGCAAGACACAAGGGGGUUCUUCCAUCAUUUGUUUUCUCAAAUAGAGAGCCCGGGUUGACGUCAAGGAGCAUUUUCAGCUUCUCUGGGGAGCAAUGUCGGCUGCAAGCGACAUGUGCCGGUAGAAAUCCAUUUUUAUCACGCAUGAAGCAAGCACCCCUACCGUAUUGAAUCAUGAAUUCGGUAACUUCCGCCGAAACAUAGUCUAGCGGCAACGAAAGAAAAUCGAUAGUCAAUGACCCAUUAGUCAAUCGAUUGCAAUGGACAUACUAUAACGACUUUCAAAACUUACCGGUGAAUAUAAUAUGCAACGGAGUUCGUUUACCAACGCCACCCUGUACAGUAAGAGAACCGGGAUAGGCAUUGAUCAGAUCUCGAAUCAAUAUUUCCUUCAUUGAAGAAUUCAUCUUCACGUUUCGCUGACAAAUAACAUGAAGAGGCAAAGAACCAUAUCCGUUCUUGAUAGACGCGGCGUGAGGAGUCACUUGUAGGAUCUCUCGGAUGACAAUUGCUCGCUUAUUUAUAUCCCCCUUGCUUGUUAUAGCUUGGUGAAUAAUAGUUGUCGAAAUGUUGUUAUCCAUCGUCAUGUUCGUAGUUUGAAUCAGGAUGUUGCUGCGAAUGCUAUCGAGCACUGAAUUCCAUUGGUUUCCUCGACACAUUAGAAACACAGCUCUCAUUUCUUCUCGACUAGGUGUACGGCUAAACCUAAGGUGUCCAUUGGUGUGGGAGUGGUCCGUCCUAGUUUUGUCGGGAGAAACCUGGCGAAGAGUUGUGGGCACCAUUAGUGCAGGAAUGCCAUUGUUUUUGGAGUCGAUAAGAUUGUUGGACAUGAUAGUCGCUUCUCUCGAAAAUGAAGAAGAAGUUAGAAUCAAUAAAGAAAGUUGUACCGAAUGCCUCACCAGCUGAGACAUCGGCAAAGGUGCAAAUACGAAAACUCAAACAAGUCAUGCAAUAGAAACCGUGAACGUUUCUUUCCACGAUGAAAGAAACAUAUUCGUCUGUUGAGAAUUCUUCCAAUCGGCUUGAAAUUAUUGUUGUGAAUUGAUCUCAUCAGCACGACUGGUGCGUUGCGAAGCAUAAUACUGUAAGAAUUCUUCACGCGACUUGGAAUUGGUGCGUUGCGGUAUUCCAAAGAGACAGCGCCCAGGAAAACUGAAAAACUUCAUCGUACGUGGGAUCCACUAAAGAGGGGAUGUGAAAGAAAAUAUACCCAUACCUACAAAUCUGAGUGCAUUUUACCUGCAGUGGGAUCCCUUUCAGCAGAGAAAUUCAGUAUGGUCGUUGUCAGUUUCAGCAAAGAGUCGGCCCACACACAAUGCAAGACAAAUUAUUCAUUCCAAUGUGCACAUUUAGGGGCCAAUUAAACAAAAAAACAAUUU